CAAAAAACAUGGCGGCGUCCGGAAGGCAUGCAGGGCAUUACAUCAACAAGAACAGUAGAUCUCUACUAAAUCACUUGGAUAAGUUGUUGGGACAAAGAGGGUUUGCUUUGAGUUCAGUUAUACGACAGCAAACAGCCACUCUUCAAAACGACUCUACAGAGGCUAUUGUCAUUCCAAGGAAGAAAACAUGGGGAAAGGAAGCUGUGCUGGAGGCUCUGGCUUCCACUGUCAACCGGGACCCGACAGCAUACCACUACCAGUUCCAGGAUGACCCUUACUUGUCGCCAAGGACCUCUGCGGAGUCUAAGCUGUACUCCAUGUCCCAGGAGUCGGGGAGAGCUGCGGCCAAGUACUUUGUCGAUAUGUAUCCCAAAUACUUCACAAAGGACUUUGCUGAGCCGCAUAUUCCGUGUCUGAUGCCGGCCAGCGUGGCACUGAGUCUGGAGGAGGUGAGCGAGGAGGCGCUGAAGGAGAGGAUCGGCCUGCGCAAAGUAGGAGCUGCUGUGGAGAUGUACGAUCAACUCGUGCAAGCUGGCACCCCGAUCUCCAAGCAAAUGACCUAUGACCUGUUGGACCUGAUCUGCUUCUACGGGGACCGAGAGCCGGCCCAGGAGGGGGAGCCAGAGGCCGAUCAGACCGAAGCGUCCGCAGAGGAGCUGAGGAGGAAGAGAGGGCGGUUCCACCGAGCGUCUGACACCCUGCGGGGCGUGUGGCGGGAGAACAACAACGCGGAGCGGCUGUUCCGCCUGCUGCCGGAGAGAGAGGCGCGGUGCUACUCGGCCGUCAUCAGGGGCAUGGUCAAACAUGGAGCUUUCGCCAAGGCGUUUGAUAUGUACACAGACAUGCUGAACAACAGGCUGACUGCUGACGUGGAUAUCUUCAACGCGCUGAUCCUGGCCGUUCCAGAAAUGAGGGAGGCCUACACAGAGAAGGUGGACUUCAUCACGGAUCUGCUGAACCAAAUGAGCCAGCAGAAGGUGCAGCCCAACCUGCAAACCUUCAACAACGUUCUCAAAGUCCUGCGGCGAUGCGGAGCCCUGGCCAAGUCCAUCUCUCUGCAAACGCUCAGCGAGAUGAAGGCUCUGGGCAUAGCUCCUAGUCUGGCAUCCUUCAACCACCUCCUGGCAAUCUUCUAUAAAGGAGGAUCCGCUGCCGAUUAUCCGACUGAUAUUCUUCAGGAACUGUUGUCAGAAAUAGAAACCACUAGCUUCACCUGCCAAGACCCUGAAGACGUCUGGUUCUUCUCGAGUGCAAUGAAAAUAUGCUUGGAAACCAAAGACAUGAAGCUGGGCUACAAAGUUCACAGUUUGGUGGGAGUUGGGGACAACUGGAGGCUGUUGGGAGACUCGUACCAGCAGGGCAUGUUCUACUACCGCUUCUUCAGCCUGCUCUGCCUGAUGGAGCACGUGGACGUGGUGCUGAAGUGGUACCACCAGCUCAUGCCCUCGCUGUACUACCCCAACCCCCAGGGGAUGAGGGACCUGCUGCAGGCGCUGGACACGGAGAGCCGCCUGGAGCUGCUGCCCUCCAUAUGGAAAGAUGUGAAGACUCUGGGUCACGAUAACAAGUCUGAUUUGGUGGAGGAGCUGCUGUCCCUCAUGGCCAGAGAGAAACACAGUCCAGAGGUCCAGGAGUCGUUUGCCGACUGCGCUCUGGACAUAAAGGCGGCGUUCGACGUGGACCGCCGUAAGCCCAGCCUGGAGUGGAGCCCCUUGGCCCUCGGCCACGUCACCACCCUCCUACUGCGGGCCGGCAGGAUACCCCAGGCCUGGGAAAUGAUGCAGCUCUUCAAGUCCAAGAACAGAAUCCCCUCGGAGGCGCUGCUGGAGGACUUCCUGUCCCAGUGCUCCGGCGCCCCCACCACGGCGGUGGAGCUGGUGAAGCUGUCUGCGGCCUUCUGUUUGCCCGCCACACCCCAACUGGCCCAGCGGGUGCUGCUGGAGUUUGACCUGACGGAGGACCAGAGGACAACGCUGUCUGAGCUGGAGUCGUCGUGGGACCACAACGAAUGAAGCCAUUCUGCAUGGCUGCAACCAGACCAACCAGGGUUUCCACUCAGUAGUACAAUCUAUGUUUCUGUUCCUGUUCCUAGACAUAUUUAACCCACCAAUGACGACAAUAAAGUAAGAUGUUUAGACAUAAUUUGACUGUUUUCCUCUUGUGAGUGGGUUUUCCUUUUCCAUCAAAGAUUGUUGAUGAUUCGUCAAUGGAUGAGUGGGAGCUACACGCCUAAAUGAAGAGGAACUCUUUGGCACAGCAGCACUUAAACGAUUCAUAAACUCCAUUCGCCUUUGGCUUAAAACCAUGAGUAAAAUCAAUCAGUAUAUGAAAAAUAAAUGUCAGUGAUAAACUAGACAAGUCGCUGCAUGGUGCAUUUUCUGAAGAAGAUGUGUGAGUGCAUGAGUCAUCGUCGUGUGCGCACUCUUACCUGAGCGUGCUGACAUGCUAAUGCUAGCAAGGCCAAUGAGCGAGCACGACGAGUUUCAAGUCCCCUCAGCCACUUUGAGGUGGAUUUGGGAUUGGUCGUUAAUGGGGCUGAGCGUUUUUGUUUCGUUGCGAGUUAUGGCGUCCCCUGCGACCGAAGCGGUACUUUACUUUUGAAGACCUGCUUAAGUGCCGUUACUAUCCGUGUACUACGUUCCAACAGUCCUUGAACACUCGCACUGGAACUUCCAGCUCUGUGGAAGAAGUCAAUUACAGCUCCAGUGCCUACAAAGCCCUGUGCCACAGUUAAUGAUUUUCAUCCGUAGCUCUCACCUCAAUUGUUAUGAAAUGUUUUGAAAAAUGUGUUGUUACUGCUCAUGAAGGAUGUCGAGCCAAAGUAGGAUGA